AUGAGAAACUUCUUCGGCAUCACCGCUAUUGCGGCUCUGGCCAGCACCGCUGUUGCCCAGACAUCUAGCAACUGUAACCCGACCAAGAAAUCCUGUCCUGCCGAUGCAGCACUCGGUACCGAACACACCUGGUGGUUCAAUUCGACAGUCGAUUCGAAAAUCUGGAACAUCACCGACGGCUCACUGACCUAUACCGAUGAAGGAGCCGAAUUCACCCUCAAAGACAACACCUCCGCCCUGCUCGUCGAGUCGAACUUCUAUAUUUUCUUCGGACGUGUGGAGACAUGGGUGAAGAUGGCCAAGGGGGCUGGUAUCGUCAGCAAUAUCAUUCUGGAGUCUGACGAUCUUGAUGAGAUCGACUGGGAAUGGGUUGGAUAUAACACCAGCUCAGUGCAGACCAACUUCUUCGGCAAGGGUAACACCACAACAUACACCCGUGGUGAGAAUUUCGCUGUAGCAGACGCGGACACCGAUUUCCACAACUACACCACCUGGUGGGAUCAGGACAAGCUGGAAUGGUGGAUUGAUGGCUCUCUGGCCCGAACAGUCAACUACUCCGAGUCGGACACCGUGUACGGCAAGAACUAUCCCCAAACUCCUUGCCAGGUCAAGAUGAGUAUUUGGCCUUCCGGCUUGGAGAGCGAGUCCAACGGUACUAUUGAAUGGGGUGGAGGUCUAGUCGAUUGGGACGAUGCCCCAUUCACCAUGACUGUUCAGCGUAUGCAUGUUCAAGACUUCAGCACUGGCAAAGAGUACAAAUAUGGCAACAUGUCUGGUGAUUGGCAAAGUAUUGAUAUCGUCUCUGGUAACUCUUCAGUUUUGAACGAACUUAACAAGGCGCCCAAGGAAACAUUGGCUGAGAAGUGGGCUGAUCUCGGCGAAGGCGCCCACAUUGGAGUCUACGCCGGUGCUGGCGUUGCUGGUGCUGCCAUGGUUGGUGCAUUCUUAUGGUGGUGUUUGCGUCAACGCCGUAAGGGCCGCCUCGAACAUGCCCUGGACGACACUCGAUACAACAGCCAGCGCGACGAUGCACAGAACUUCCAGCAAGAUUGGAAAAUGAGUGAAUGGAGAAACAGUGGCUACAAACAAGUCAGCUAG